AGAGGUCAUGAUUGCUGGAGAACAACUCAGGUUGAGGCUACACGAUGGAAAACUGAUCAAGGACCGACGCUACCACCUUCGCACGUAUCCAAACUGCUUUGUGGCACAGGAACUUAUAGACUGGCUGGUGAGCCAUAAGGAAGCUCCGGAUCGAGCGACAGCCGUCUGCCUCAUGCAGCACCUCAUGGAUCAUGACAUCAUUCACCACGUUUGUGAUAAGAGGUCAGUAUUGAAGGAUGCCAAACUACUGUACCGUUUCCGGAAGGAUGACGGCACCUUUCCCUUCAAUACGGAGGUGAAAAUCUUCAUGCGAGGACAACAACUUUUUGAACAUCUCAUAGGGGACAAGGACUCCAUUCUGCAGUUGAGAGUGGAGCAUGGCGUGGCCUAUCAGCGCUCCUUUCCUGGCUGCCAGUUGAUUGACUGGCUCCUUCAGAACAUGGAGGCAGAAAGCCGGCGUCAGGCCCUGGAUCUGUGCCGCAUAUUGCAGGAGCAUGGCAUCAUUCAGCACGUGACAAAGAAGUAUGAUUUCUUUGACAGUGGACUGCUGUAUCAGUUCUGCAUCAAUUUUUGUCGCAGGCGCCACCUAUCUGAACUGUUGAGUGAAAGUGAAGAGGACGACGAAGAUGUGGUGAUAUUGACACAAGAGGACAACCAUCUUGAAAGUCCAUUUGUUUUGCACAAAAGCCAUCCUCAAGAGGGCAGUAGUGCUUUCCAGUCAGGUAAAUAUCUGGAACAGGCUACCAGUGGGCGUCGACGCAGCUUGACUCAGCUUCACUCUGCUGGAUUUCCACCCUUUGUCCAGCUCAAUUCAACUUCAGUAAUAUGUAAUCCUAAAUCAGUGCUUAGUAGAAGUUAUACAUCUGAAGAGCUAUUGGCACCUGGUGCGCCUUUCAUGAAGAAAGUGUUGACGGUGAUAGGAGAUGACCUGGCCUGGGGCUUUGUUGUCAGGGGCAUGGCUCCCUGUUAUGUGCAGGCUGUUGACCCUGGAAGCCCUGCAGCCGCUGCUGGAGUUAAGGUGCGGCAGUUUUUGUGCCAGGUGAAUGGACAGUGUGUUCUCUACCUGGACUACAGGACAGUCUCCAGGCUGGUGAUGACAGGGCCUCGCACCGUUGUACUGGAAGUUAUGGAACCACUGGAAUGACAACAUAUUUCUGGUUUCAGACACAACUGCUCUGUUGGAAAUGGAGGAUCAUUUUGUAAAGUUUAUUUUUCCCAAUUGCAGACUA